UUGCGUCAGACACUAACGGAAUUCGCUUAGUGCUAGCAGAUUCUGUCAGCGUGGUGUCUAGUCUGCUGCCUGAUUAGUCUGCUGUUCACAGUUAGCUUGCCGUGGCCUUAGUUAGGCUGUCGUUCGCCUGCCGCGCCAGUCUACUGCAUUCCCUUGGGACCUGCUAAUGACGUGUCUCCGAACGGGCUAGUUCGUUAGCGGAUCAUCGCCAGGUCGACUCAUCCCGAAAAUUUCUGUGCUUUAAUCUCAAGGAAUCCUCGAGUGUCUCUCUCCCAACGCCAGGUCGGAGCACACCUUUGCCGGACACUUGAUUGUUGAUUGUUUCGGAUAGUCGCGUUUUCUUUACGGUUCCUUUGCUUCGGAUUCGCACUAGGAAGCGAGGGUUGUUUGGUACACGUCGUGUUCGCUGCACUUUCCAAUCCCCAGGAUCACAGUCUUAUCGGAAUUCGCUCCCGUCCCCUUUAGAGUCCAGAUCACACAUUCGUAGCGGAAUAGAACCGAACCGAUUGAGCCAAGCUGGCGACGGAUCUGAACCGUUCAUCAGUAACUUGCCGUGAUCAAUAGUUACUAACGCUGAUCGGGCCUUUUUCCUCAGUAUCCGAAAGACCCGGGCUGGACCUUAACUAGUAGAUCCAUCUUGAUUCCGCCUUCUCUUUUCUCUCGCCUGUGCCAUGGCGUACACGCGCCCCGAGGUCGUAGAGGAAGAGGAAGCUUCCACGAUCGAGCUACUGGGCGACUCGGUCAUUCCAGUAGUUAAUAAGCUCCAGGACAUCUUUUCCCAGCUCGGAUCCUCCAGCGCGAUCGACCUACCGCAAGUAGCCGUUGUCGGCAGCCAGAGCAGCGGGAAAUCCAGCGUGCUCGAGUCGCUCGUCGGGAAAGACUUCCUGCCACGUGGAUCCGACGUGGUGACACGUCGGCCGCUGGUGCUGCAGCUGGUGCAGGUGCCGAAGCGCGCGGACGGCAAGGCGGAGGAAUGGGGGGAGUUCCUGCACCUGCCGGGGAAGCGAUUCACGGAUUUCUCCGCGAUUCGGGACGAGAUUCAGCUGGAGACGGAGCGGGAGGUGGGCAUCAACAAGGGCAUCACGGAGAAGCAGAUUCGCCUCAAGAUCUUCUCCCCGCACGUCCUCACCAUCACCCUGGUCGACCUCCCGGGCAUCACCAAGGUCCCUGUGGGCGACCAGCCGUCGGACAUAGAGGCGCGGGUCAGGUCCAUGAUCCUGGCUUACAUCAAGCACGAGACGUGCAUCAUCCUCGCUGUGACCCCCGCCAAUGCUGACUUGGCCAACUCGGACGCCUUACAAGUGGCUCGCAUGGCAGACCCUGAUGGGCAUCGAACAAUCGGAGUCAUCACAAAGCUCGACAUCAUGGAUCGGGGCACAGAUGCCUGCAACCUGCUCCUGGGGAAUGUCAUUCCGCUGCGCCUGGGCUACGUGGGCGUCAUCAACCGCAGCCAGGAGGACAUCAAUGCAAAGAAGAGUGUCAAGGACGCACUCACAUAUGAAGAGGCUUUCUUCCGAAGCAGGCCGGUCUACCACAGCUUGGCGGAUCGGUGUGGGAUUCCUCAGCUCGCCAAGAAGCUCAACUCGAUUCUUGUGCAGCACAUCCGCCUGCUGCUGCCAGACCUUAAGGCGCGCAUCAACGCACAGAUGGUCGCGGUGCAGAAGGAGCUUGUCAGCUACGGGGAGGCAGCGGAGAGGGCGACAAUGGGAGUGCUGCUGCUUAACAUUCUGACCAAGUACUCUCAGUCAUUCGUGACUAUAGUGGAUGGCAAGAACCAAGGCAUGUCAACAGCAGAGCUGGCGGGAGGGGCCCGCAUUCACUACAUCUUUCAAAACAUCUUCGUCAAAUGUAUUGAUGAGGUGGACCCCUGCGAGGACCUCUCAGACGAGGACAUUCGCACGGCCAUUCAGAAUGCCACGGGAACCAAGAACGCGCUCUUUGUGCCGGAUGUGCCCUUUGAGGUGUUGGUGCGGCGGCAGAUAUCGCGUCUGCUGGACCCCUCGCUUCAGUGCGCCCGAUUCGUCUAUGACGAGCUCGUUAAGAUUGCCCACCGCUGUGAGUCGUAUCAGCUGGCUCGGUUCCCUGUGCUGAGGCGCAAGGUGGAAGAGACGGUGGGGAGCUUCCUCAGAGAGGGGCUCAACCCUGCAGAGACGAUGAUCCGACACCUUAUUGACAUGGAGAUGGACUACAUCAACACGUCGCACCCCAGCUUCAUUGGUGGGAGCAGAGCUGUUGAAAUCAUCCUGCAGCAGAUGCGGGAAGGCAAGGAUAAUGAGGCGGCAGGCCAGGGAGCAACUGGUGCUUCUGUUGCUGCUCUGGCAGCAGGGGGCGGAGGAGCAGCAGGAGGGGGGUCGUCGUCCACAGCAGCAGUAGCAUCGGUGGCAGCAGCUGCGAAGCAGAGAAUGCUGCUGGCGAGGAAGGAGGGCGGGGGGCAAGAAUCACAACAGCAGCAGCAGGGAGGCAAGCAGGCAGCCACGGCUAAUGGACUAGCGGCAGACAAGCAAGCCUCCUCGUGGGGAAUUUCGUCCAUCUUCGGGGGUCAGGAGAAGAAUCGAGGAACACACGCCACUGCCACAGCCUUGACUCCCUUCCCCCUGGCUGCACCAGAGCCCAUAUCUGCCAGCGCUGGUGGUGCUGGGGAUAAAGAGCCAGCACUCACCAUCCUGCUCCGAGAGCCCCCCACUGUGCUGAGAGCGAGCGAGCACCGGUCAGCAGAGGAAGGGGUUGAGAUAGGUGUAACGCGGCUGCUGCUCAAGUCGUACUACGACAUUGUGAGGAAGAACAUCCAAGACGCCGUGCCAAAGGCGAUCAUGCACUUUCUGGUUAACCACGUGAAGAGGGAGCUACACAGCGUGUUCAUUCAACAGCUGUACAGGGAGGCACUGUUCGAGGAGAUGCUGCAGGAGAGGGAAGACAUAGCAUCGAAGAGGCAGCGCUGCAAGGACAUAUAUGCAGUGCUGCAGCAGGCCGCAUGGACGCUAGACGAGUUGCCUCUUGACCCCGACGCUCCGUCUCGCCCCGCCUCCUCUUCUCUUGAUGCUACAGGCCUUCCCCCCUCCUCCGGCCUCCUUCCCCCUUCGCCCGGGUUCCCCUCCCCCGCCCCAUCACUCCCGUACCGCCCUGCUCUUGCCACAUCUGCUGCUGCUGCUGCUUCAGCCUAUGCAUAUGGGCAUGGGAGUGGGCAUGGGCAUGGGACUGGGCAUGGGUCUAGCAGCAGGGGUGCAGGGAUGGGCUCCGAUCCCUAUGCCUCUCCCAGCAAUCAGCCAUCGCGGCCUGUCCGUGGCCACACAUGAUGGGCCUCGCACCAGUGCAUGCCUGACUCUCAUGCUGCCAUGCAUGCAUGAUCAUUCAUACCUCCAUGCAUGCGUGAUCAUUCAUUCCGCCAUGCAUGCAUGACUCUCAUGCCACCAUGCAUGCUUGAUCACUCAUGCUGCUAUGCGCAUGUGACUACCAUAUGCACCACGUGCGCAUGCUCAUGCUGCUGCCACUUGCAGAUGGCUGUGCCCCUGACCAGCUGGUUGAUUCUCAAGAGCAAGUAAUAGGGCAUUGGUAGCAGGUCAAUGCAGCCGGAGAAUCCAAGUAUGGUGGUUGAGUUCUCAAUUUAAAUCAGCGUAAAAAAUUGUGUGUCUCUGCUUGAUCAGACAACAAUUUUUCCAGAAUUUCUUUCAAGGGGCAACUCUUAUGAGAUGGCCGUACCAAGGGAUGGCAUCAUGGAUGGCAUGACCAGAAGUCUGAUGAAUCCGACGCCCCCAACACCAAUUUGGGGGCCUUUAUUCAGCUUAAUAGCAUGCAGAAAUCCAUCCAUCCAUCAAUUUGCACGUGUCAAACUAGUGGCUGGGGUAGAACCAGACUUGGACUUGUUGCG